GUAAUACAUAUUGAGCUGUUUAUCGCUCGCCAUUGUUAUUGAGCACUCUAAGCAGCGCUUUAUUGGAUCUGCCCAACUCUGACUACGGUAGUAAUAUGCAGGCGUCGCUUAUCACUUGUUGUACCGCCAGUGAAAUUCGCAGUUGCGCCCUCAACAACAUCAGCAACAACAAGGGGACAGCUGUAAAGAAAACAAAAGUGGCUCGCCGUACAAUAGGCAAAUGUAAUCAGCGAAUGAUUUACAGUCAGAGGCACUUAGAAGCUUAAAGUCGUCAGUCGCCAGUGUGCAAUGAACUCCGCUUGACGCAGAGCCGCAAAUACACAAUAUCAGCAAAACCAAUCAACAGGUGUCCGAAUCGAGAGCUCCACAAUGGCAAUCCAGCAGCAGCAGAAACAGGCACUGCAACGGCUUUUGGACUUAAUACCCAGCGAAGAGGAAAAAGUUGUGCAGUCGUUUAUCCAAUGUCUGGGUGGAAGCGGCGCUCAGUCACAUAAGGAGCGCUUGCAGGCGCUGCUAAUUUCCACGCCCUAUCCGACGCUGCAAAUACUCCAAUUGCUAUAUGACCAGUCCAAGUUCUAUAUAGGACGCAUUAUUAGCGCAGCACUUAAACAGAUGCUAGAUGAUGACGCACACAGCGGCGCUUCAACUGCGACACGUUUCCUCAGCAUGCUGGCAAACUUUCCACAGCAUAUAUUGGAGACGGAAACAGUGCAGCAAAGGCUGCUUGAGCGUCUACUAAGUGAUUCAUGGGGCAACAAUGAGCAUUUAAUGCUAGCACUACUGGCUCGCCAAGAUCCACAGUUGCUAAACACGGUUUUGCAUAAGCAACAGCAGCAGCUGGAAUUGUUGUGCGGCAACGCAGCGCCCACAAAUCAGCUGGUUCUGCACCUGGCUCUAAAGCAACGGGUGCACUUUAUGCCCCGACUGUGUCAGCAGUUAAAGAACUUUGAGUGCAUUCAGGAUCGCACACUACGAAAUAAUUUACUCAUACUGCGUCUGGCCAACGAGUUUGCAUUGGGCACACAGACGCUGGACGAAUUAGCUCAGCUGGACCAAUUAUUGGCCGGCUUUGAUAUAGCUGCAGUUUCCGCCGAGCUGCAGUCUGUGCAACAAUUCUUCUUUGCCGACUUUCAGCGGCUUUGCGUGUUGCUUAAGUUUUUACAACAGCAGCGAGAUGGGAAUGCCUGCAAGACCAUCAAAGUAAAUGCACUGUUGCGUGCACCAGGUGUGCUUUCCUUGAUCUAUGAGCAUGGCAUUGAGUGUGACAAGGAUCAGGUGAUUCAACUUAUUGAGGAAACCUACAAAUGGCAACAGCAGACGCCAGCGCUUAGGUGCGUGCGUGCUGAGGAGCUGGUAACAUGGAGUUACUACACAGCGCUGUGUCAAGUUUAUAAUGUGAUAUUGGAGCUGCACGAUUCCACGGUAAGGGAGGAGCUGUUGUUACUCUCCGCUCAACUGCGUCAGCUACAUGACCUGGGAACGCUCUGCUCACUGCUGGAGGAUAUUUUCCAACUUGUAUUUCUGCGCUGGGAGCAGCUGCAAAAUCUAAAGCAGUGUGGUGGAAAUGCCGAUAUCGGCGAUGAGGAUGAUGAAGACGAUGAGCAGUAUGUGGACGAUGAUGCCAAGCCUCCGCGUACGAACAAUGCCACUACUGCGCCGAGACGUCGCUAUGGCUUCAUUUGUCGUGCUCGAGCUUUAUAUGCGCUAUUUAGCUGCCUGAAAAGCUUUGUCACUAAGAAGCUACACACACAGGAUUUCAAGUACGCAACCGAGGAGCAACAGCGCGCCUUUCAUCGUCUGGUAGAUGCGAUCAGCGAGACGUUGUGGAAGUUUAGUGUUCUGCAAAAGAUUGAGCAAUCGCUAACGAAGGUAACACCAGCUUCAGCCUGCCGCUUGGAACCGGAGCAGAUGCUGCAGCUGAUACAAAUGCAUAGUCAUGGGCGUGAGAAAGCCUCCAGCGAUGAUGAGAGUCGUGAGCGCUGCUUCCAGGCGUCCAGUAUAACGCGACGCAAGGCACGCCGGCAACGCCGUGCGGCCAGUUUCAGUGGCGCGGUGGCUACCAGGUCGGCUGAUGCGCCAACACUUGAACAGUGUCGCGCUCGUGCCCAGCAGCUGUUGCUAAGCGGCGGUGCAAGCAACAAGGAACCACAGAUGACCGUGGCACAGUCCCUAGAACGCUCCAUCAUCCCCAAAAUGCUAAGCACUCCCGAGCAGUUGGCCAUUCUGGCGCUGGCGCUAAAGAACUUUAAUGAUGUCAAGUACAUAAUAGAGACCUUUCACCUGGAGCAAAGUCAGCUGAGUCGCGAGCUGCAAUUCAUGGAGCAUCAGCAGUUGAUCAAGCAAAAGCUGGCCAACAUCUAUGCCAACUACGAAGCCUUGGCUGUUGAGGGCAAGUCCAUGAGCAGCAGCGCCACAACCACCACCACAGUGGAGCAAAUCAAAAGUGUUGCUGCUAAGGGCUUUGAGCUAUCCAAGAUAAUCAGCGUGGUGGAUAACUUUGCACAGUCGCAGAAGCUGCAACACGCCGCCGAACUGAAGGCACUGUUGCAACGGCACAGCGCCAAUGCGCAGUAUAGCUUCCUGCAGCAAUUCCAGGAGCGCAAUCUGAAUGCGCUUAUUGUCUGCGAUUUGAUUGUGAAUCUACGUUUCAAUCGAGAGAUUACAAGCAAUCUUUUACUGGUCAUACGACGUCAACAGCAGCAGCAACCACAGCAGCAGCAACCAGCGCUCGACAGUUCAAGUGAAGGUAGUCCACGUGAGAUUGGCCCCAUGUACCUCUUAGAGAAUCUCUGCGAGUGCAUGCGUCUCCUGGAGCGCGCUGGCCGGCAAACAGCGCUAAGCGACAUGCUGUGCCAGCAUAGCUAUGUUCUGAAGCCCGCAUCACUGGCGCUGCAGCUGCAGCGGGAAGCCGCCUUUCAAACGCUCUACCAGAAAUUGUCCUCUGACUAUGCUCAUUCCAGGGAGUUGCGUGCCCAUGCGGCGCUCUUUCAGCAGCUGAAAUCUCGGCAUAAUUACUAUGCCCGCUUUUGUAGCUACGUGCAGCAACUGGCCCGUUUGCUGCAGCUGCGUGAUCCAAAUCUAGAGUAUCACAACACGCAGCUGUUGCGACACGAUCCCUACCAAGUCAUUGGCGAGCUGAUUUACGAGUGCGACAUCACGCCGUUGGAAAUUGAAGCGAAUGUGUCUGCAUUGCAUCUGAAUCUGGUGCAUGUUAUAGCGCUCAACAUAUGCCCACAGCUGGCGGAUAGCGCUCGCAAACAGUCGCCGCGUUCGGUAUCACCACAGAAACAGGAAUCCAUUCACAACUACAUUGCGCAGCACAACCAGCUGCUGGCCCAAUUGUUGCAGGCGGUGCAAAUGUGCGAUCUUUCAGUGAUAAAUGAAUCCGAAACUAGCUUGAACUUUAACUGCCUGCGCCAAUUGAUGCAACUGCCCGAAAUCACGACGCUUGCGCUUAUGCAUCAAGAAAAUCCAGUUAUGGCUGCUCUGCAUGCCUACAAACUGGAUAGUACUACGCUGGAGCAUUUGGAGAUCAACAAGGAGCUACAGUUACGCAUUCUCCUGCUGGGCAUUGGCGGACAGGUUGAACCAGCCCAGCAGAUGAAAGCCCGCAUCGAUCUUUUGAUUAGUGAGUUGAUUGCGGAGGAUCCUAGGCACAUACAACUGGCUGUGCAUAUGCAUGACUUGGGCACACGGGCACAGCUGCUGCAGCAGCAUAUCACCAAAAUAUCAAGCAGUCAAUUGGCAAAGGAGCUAAUAGAGCGCACCUUGCAGCAUCGGGCGGCGGCGCAUGGUAUUCCGCAAACACUGCGCACUCAAUUGGAGCACACGCUUUCGGACAUUAGGAUCUAUGCGAGAGUUUCAGCACUGCUGGAAUUUGAAAGCUGGCCGCAGGCCUAUGACUUUGGCCGUCAGACGCCGAAUGUGAUCUUCGAACAGUUGUUGCUGGGGCGACACUACGAGCUGUGUUGUGAAUGGUGCCGCAUGGUGCAGCUUACGGAUUCAGCUGGACAGCAGCGUGUCUGCCUGCUGACAUUACUGGAUACGCUUCUGGAGUUGCGCGAUGAAGAUGAGGUGGAUGUACACUUGUUGCACAUUGCGGAGCUAUUUCCAGUUACGGUGCUGGUCAACUUUUUGGACACACACAAAGAUAAGAUGCGUUCGCUGCCGCUGCUGCAAUGGCUGCUGGACUAUUUGGAGCGACAUGCACGCGAUCCGCGGCCCUACCUCAAUUAUCAACUGUCACUGGAUCUGUUGCGGCAACUGUCUAACGAUGAGCGUCUUCAUUUCUGGCCACUCUUACGCUAUCCCUUAUUGAUUGUGGAGCAGCUAGUCAUGAAUACACGCUUCGAGCUGCUCGCCAAACUGCUGGAGCCGGCGCGUGCAAAGCUGGAACAGCGUAUGCCUCUAGGACCCUGUGACUACUGUUUUGACAAGCGUGGUCAUGCCUACGAUCUUCAGAGCAGCAGCAGUGGCGGUUGCGGGAAGAGCUCCGGCAAGCUGCGCUUUCAGCUGGGUCAGACCAGUUCGGAAGCAUUUAUUCUGCUCAACUUCAAUUCGUAUCAACAGGAUCAUGUUGUCAGCAACGAAUGCCUGGAUUUGUUGUUGCGCAUAUAUGCCAGCAAGGCACUGGACUAUCAUAUAGCCAAUGUGCGCAUUGGAGUCGCACCAGAGCCGGGCUCCUUGGGCACUGAUGUUCAAAAUUCACUGGACUCUCUGUGCGGCGCUUUUCAGGUGCCCAAACAGGCACCGACCCGCGAACAGUGGAUGCCCGAUGAGGAGGCAAGUCACUGCAUGUGCUGUCGUCGUUCCGCCUUUACCAUGCUAAUGCGACGCCAUCAUUGUCGCCGCUGUGGUCGUGUCGUUUGCUCUGCCUGCUCUGCUCAGCGUAUGGUAAUUCCAGAGAUUUACGGCGAUGUCGAGGUACGUGUCUGCAAUGAUUGCUGCGCACCGGCCGCAGCAGAGAAACCCUUGAACGUCAACGAAAAUUCUGCAGUCAUUCCACGCUCUUCCUCGUCCUGUCCAACGGACGCCUAUAAGUGGCGUCUUAGCGGCAUCAUCACUCAUGACAAGUUGCUGCGCGAAGAAUUCUGCUAUGAGCAUGCGCCCAGCGUGGCGCUCAGUCUAUCCAUAUUGCGGCAUCAUUUGGACCAGAAACAAUGCGUGGACCUCUUAUUAUUUCACUGUCGCAAGCUGGAGAAACUGAUUGUGCCCAAUCCAGAGGUGGACUACGAGCUUGUUGCCAAAAUGAUGAAUUGUCUAGCAUUGGCAGCUAAGGUACGUGGCGCGCCGGCCGAAUUUGAGACCAUACGUGAACAUUCUGAGAUCAUCAUGGCGGUGGUACAGCAGGGCUGCGAGUCCCUGAUACCAGCCGGACCACUGAACAAUCAUAGUCUACGUCAGUUGGCUGAUGCGCUGGUCGAGGCGGAGCACUGGAAAUUAGCACUGGAGGUGCACCUAAAGUGGGGCUACGCUACUACUGGUGUGAUGGCGGCGCAUGGCUUGGCCUGUUUGCGCGCCGGGUGCUACGAUGCAGCACGUGAGAAAUUUGCGCAUUGCAUGACCCGUCUGUCCACUGAGGAACAAAACAGUUGCAUAUACAAAGACAUUUUUGGAAAGGAAAUAGUGUUGACAGAAGCGUCAAAUAACCCACCCAUACCCAAGAAACGGCCGCAGCGUGGACCUGCCUUGCUGCAGGAGAUACUCCAGCUGAUUGGAACACUGCCACAGACACACCCACAGCCAGAAACGCUGCAGCGGGCUUCGCUCAUACGUAACUCGAAUAGCUCGCUAGCAUCGCUUUUCUCGCGGCGCCGGGAGCCGUACGUUGUACAGACGCCACUCCGGGAGCCAGCGCUAAACGUAAUCAACGCGCUAGCCAAUCUUAAAUACAUCUCCAAAGGUCAGUACGGUGAGCCGACUGUGCGCAGCGGCGCUGAGGAUAAUCGUCAGUCACGCACCUUUGAGGAAUCUCUGCAUUACGUGCUCACCUAUGGUAGUCAUGCCGACAUACUGCAGUUUCUAAUGCAGCGUGACGAAGUUCGCGCAGCGCUGCGUUACUGGCAGCAUCAGCAACUAGUAUCGGAACUCUUUAUACAGCACAUAUUCCAAGUGUCAUUGGCCGGGGGUCGAUUACCGGCGCUGAUCGGGGAACUGCAGCAACUGGAUCCCGAUUCGCAACUAAGUGCUUGGCGGGUGCCGCUGCUGCAAACGUGCCGGUAUUUGGAGCAGCACCAGCAGCUCAAUUCCCUUUAUCAACUCCAGCUCCUGCUGAAGGAUUAUGUACGCGCGAGCAUGACGUGCGUCAAGUUUUAUCCACUGGACUGCGAUAACUUUCAGAAGUUGCAUGCAAAUGCUCAACAUUUAAUUUCAGCACAUAUGCAUUUGCAGGGUGAACUGGACUUGGCUCAGUGGGAGCAUCUGCAGCGUGAACAGCAGCUGGCGGGCAGUAGACGUGCCAGCGCUGUCAGCUGUAAUGUGGGCACCACUUGUUUUGCUAUGCAAUUGGAUGCACGUUCUCUGAAUGGUCACAUCAAUACAAUACGUCGCCAAAUGGAACUGGCAAAGUUUUUGGCACAGUGCGAACGGGAGCAGCCGCCAGAAGUUGGAGGAUUGGUGUGCACGCUACAAAUCCUCAAACAGAUUCGACUCGAGGCUCCGCGCGGCACUUUGCCAACAUUGUUUGACGGCGUUGCAGACAAGAUUCAGCUGUGCAUGUUGGUGUUGUUGUGCGGCAAGAAUAUAGACGAGGGUUUUGGCUUGGCCUACGGCAUUAUGCAAGACUACAAGUUGGUGCCCAUGAAGGUGUUUUGCGCAACUGCAAAAUAUUUGGCGAAAAAUCAACGCCUCGCCGAGGUGGAGCGUCUGCUGGACUGCAUAGCCAGCAACAAUGGCAGCAGCAGUGCUGCAGAGGCCGAUGAGCUCCUAUCAAUUGCCGUCAAUGCCGCUGUGCACAGCAAUGAGCCAGAGACGAAGCAGAUACUGGACAAGCUGGUCAAGCGUAUUGGAAACGUGGAGCUUCGCAUAUCGUCGUACAUAUUCAUAGGUCAACUAAAGUCCGCGUAUUUGCUGGCCAACAAGCAUGAGCGUCUGGCAGACAUACGCAAGAUCUUGCGGCAAGCAGAAUUGACCAACCAAAUACAUAUUAAGAAAUUGUGCGAGAAAAAACUAAACAUAAAUUCAACUCCAAUGUCGCCAACGCCACUGUGAUAACAUAUUCAAUCAGGCAAU